CUGGCAUUGAGGACGGGGACCUGUACGAUGGAGCCUGGUGUGCAGAGUACAAAGACCAGCACCAGUGGCUUGAGGUGGAUGCCAUCCACCAAACCUUGUUCACUGGAGUCAUCCUGCAAGGUCGAAACUCCAUCUGGAGGUCAGUUGGGACUGGGUUGAAACUUACAAAGUGCAGCUGAGUAAUGACUCUGUGAACUGGACACCCUGCAUGAAUGGGACAAAAGAGGUGAUAUUUAAAGGGAACCAGAAUCCAGAGACGCCGGUGCUUGGACUCCUCCCUGUUCCCACUGUAGCCCGUUUCAUCCGUAUCAACCCUCAGACCUGGUACACCAACGGCACCAUCUGCCUCAGGGCUGAGAUACUUGGCUGUCGUGUCGACGAUCCAAAUGACGCCUAUGCCUCAGAACAAGGAUCGAAGGAUGGUCUGGACUUCAGACACCACAACUACACAGAGAUGAGAAAGCUCAUGAAGUCUGUGACCGAGGAGUGCCCGGACAUCACCCGCAUCUACACCAUCGGGAAGAGCUACAUGGGCCUCAAACUCUACGUCAUGGAGAUCUCAGAUAACCCUGGCAAACACGAACUAGGCGAGCCAGAGUUUCGUUAUGUGGCGGGCAUGCACGGGAAUGAGGCUCUUGGUAGAGAGCUGGUCCUCAACCUCAUGCAGUACUUGUGCAAAGAGUACAAGAAGGGAAACCAGCGCAUUGUUCGACUGGUCACUGAAACACGAAUUCACCUCCUGCCCUCCAUGAACCCUGACGGAUAUGAAGAAGCUUAUGUGAAGGGCUCAGAGCUGGCUGGCUGGGCUGACGGACGAUACAGCUUUGAAGGAAUCGACCUGAAUCACAACUUUCCAGACCUGAACAACAUCAUGUGGAAUGCCCAGGAGAAAGCAGGAGAUGUAUCCAAAGUCCCCAACCACUACAUCCCCAUCCCAGAGUACUACACCAAAGAAGAUGCUACUGUUGCACCAGAGACCCGAGCCGUCAUCAACUGGAUGCAGGACAUUCCCUUCGUGCUCAGUGCAAACCUCCACGGCGGAGAGCUGGUGGUUACGUAUCCCUACGAUUGCACCCGCGACUGGGCCCCUCAAGAGGACACCCCGACGGCAGACAACGCUUUCUUCCGCUGGCUGGCCACUGUCUAUGCCUCCACCAACUUGGUGAUGGCCAACCCCGACCGCCGCAUCUGCCACUACGAGGACUUCCAGUCGCACAACAACAUCAUCAAUGGAGGAGCCUGGCACACCGUCCCCGGCAGUAUGAAUGACUUCAGUUACCUGCACACCAACUGCUUUGAGGUGACGGUGGAGCUGUCCUGUGAUAAGUUUCCUCAUGCCAGUGAGCUUCCCAUCGAGUGGGAGAACAACAAGGAGUCUCUGCUGGUUUACAUGGAGCAGGUUCACAGAGGGAUUAAAGGUGUGGUGAGGGACAAGCUGACCAAAAAGGGAAUACCAGACGCUAUAAUCAAGGUGGAGGACCACGACCAUGACAUUCGAUCAGCUGCCGAUGGAGACUACUGGCGUCUUAUGAACCCAGGAGAGUACAAGGUGGUAGCUUGGGCUGUGGGUUACCUCCCCUCCAUGCGUCGGUGCCAUGUUGGGAUGGAGCCAUAUCCCACCAUCUGUGACUUCACCCUCACCAAAACGCCCAUUCAUUUGAUAAAGCAGAUCCAGGCCAAAGGAGGGAAGAUCCCCCAGGACCUUCAGUUACGUAUCAGAGCUAUGAGGCUCCGCAAGCUCCGUGCCAGCACCAAGGCCAUAAACCGCCGCAGGGAGAGCCAGCGGCCGCAGCAGGGGCAGCUGAGGCACAAGAGGAGAGCUCGGUCCUCUGCAGCCCGGAGAAUAUGAGAGGAGAGGGAAUGACAGGCUUGAGCCUCAGAGAAGAGCUGGAUAAUGGAUUAAAGAAGUUCAAUCAAAGAUGAGAAAAAUGCCAUCUGGAAAAAGUGACAUGUUUCAACUGUUACUGAAAUUAAAGGGUCAGUUUACCCAAUUUACAAGAACAUGUUUUUCUACACAGCUCCAGAGAUGUAAAGACAUGCAGACAGUUUUAUGUUCCUGUCUCUGAGAUUUUGACUUACAUCACUGUCUGUUUACUUUUUACCAAUUCAACAGUUUUGUACUUGGAUGUGCUAAUCCUCUAAGGCAGAUUAUCCCAUGACAGUCACACAAAAGCUCAAAACAAAAGUUACAGGAUACUUAAAAAGCAGGGUUCUUAUACAAAAGCAGUGGACAUCUACACAGUUAUUGACAGGCAUCCUUGAGUGAUAAUGUUCAGAUUCACUUAACUGGUCUUUUGUAAAUGAACUGUGUAGUUCUUCAUUAUAGCUGAUGAUGCUGUAGUGUUUGUUAUCUGUUAAGAGACUGAGUUGAGGUGGAGUGAGAAGUGUCAGCUGGUCUGAUAUGUGCCAUGUUUUUUCACUGCGUCUGUAUUUGUUUGUUUGACUGUAGUCCAACAGGACCAUAAACUCUCAAAUAAAUAUUCCUUAUUUGUGUCACCUA